ACUACGUCGUGUUCUUCCACGUUUUGCGCCUACACUUGCAUAAUUUCUACGGUUUUAAAUUUGAACGUAAAAUAUACUGUAAACAUGGCAAAAAAGUCGGCAAUUUUGUUGAUAGCUAAUGGUUCUGAAGAAAUGGAAGCCGUAAUUACAACGGAUGUUUUACGUCGAGCUGGUAUUGAUGUUACUGUUGCUGGCCUUACUGAAGAUCUAUGUGUUAAAUGCAGCCGUGAUGUAAAAAUAUGUGUUGAUGCAAAACUUCAAGAUGCAGUUAAUCAGAAAUAUGAUGUUGUGAUAUUGCCUGGUGGCUUAGGUGGUUCUAAAGCUUUUGCAGCUUCUGCAGCAGUGGGAAAGUUGCUUCAAAAGCAAGAAGAAGAAAAUAAAAUUAUUGCUGCUAUUUGUGCUGCACCAACAGCAUUAAAGGCUCAUAACAUUGCAAAAGGAAAACAAGUCACAUCUUAUCCUGCAAUGAAAGAUCAAUUGACAGAUUAUUAUAAGUAUUUGGAAGAUAAAGUUGUAACUGAUGGUAACUUAAUUACUAGUAGAGGUCCAGCUACUGCAUUUGCUUUUGGUUUGGCUAUUGUUGAAAAAUUACUUGAUAAACAAACAGCGGAUAAUGUAGCAAAAGCAAUGUUAUAUACUGAAUAGAAUAAAAUUAAC